UCUGUGGAAAAGAAAAAAAAAGAGGGAAAAAAUGAAGUACUUAUUCUUAAUAUGUUUCAUGAAUUUAUUACCACAGUAUUCUGGGAAAUCUUUGAGAAGAGGUGGCAAUUACCUGAAAACAUUUGAAGACAUUAAAAAUGAGAUAGCUGGCUAUACUGAUAUUGCUAAGGCUAUUAUUGAUCUUGCUGUUUAUGGAAAGGCUCAGAACAGAUCCUAUGAAAGAUUAGCACUUUUUGUCGAUACCAUUGGACCAAGACUCAGUGGUUCAAAAAACCUAGAUGCAGCCAUCAAAUAUAUGUUCAAUGCCCUGCAGGAAGACGGGCUUGAAAAUGUACAUUUGGAGCCUGUGAAAGUACCACACUGGGAAAGAGGAGAAGAGUUUGCAAUGAUGCGGGAGCCAAGGAAUCACAGCAUUGCUAUUUUGGGACUUGGGAACAGUGUUGCAACUCCUCCAGAAGGAAUUACAGCAGAAGUCAUAGUGGUAGCCUCUUUUGAUGAACUGCACAAAAGAGCUCAGGAGGCCAAGGGGAAGAUUGUUGUCUACAAUGAACCUUUCAUCAGUUAUGGUGAAACUGUGCGGUACAGAACACAGGGAGCAGUGGAAGCUGCUAAAGUUGGAGCAGUGGCAUCCCUCAUUAGAUCUAUUGCUUCUUUUUCUAUUCACAGCCCACACACCGGGGGCCAGAAUUACCAGCCUGAUGUGCCCCAAAUUCCCACUGCUUGCAUCUCUGUGGAAGAUGCUGAAAUGAUGUCGCGAAUGUCUUUCCGGGGCACUAAAAUUGUUGUGCACCUGAAGAUGGGAGCCAAGACCUAUCCAGACUCUCCUUCUUUUAACACUGUGGCAGAGAUAGUUGGACACAAGUACCCUGAGCAG